AUGUCUUCUCAAGAUUUUGAUAAAGAACAAGGAAUUCGUAAAAAAGGCUCGCUUAUUAAACAUUGGCAGCCAUCGCAACCGCAAUAUCAACAACCUCAGUCUCAACAACAGCAACAAUCUCAACCCCAAACUCUAUUUCAGUGGCCGCGACAACCUCAACAAUUUCAACAAUCUCAACCUCAACAAUUUCAAUGGCCGCAACCACCUCAAUCUCAAUGGCCUCAACAACCUCAACAAACUCAACAACCUUCAAUGGUCGCAACAACUUCAACAAUCUCAACUUUAAUGGUCGCAACACCUCAAUAG